CGAAUACAAGACCUGUUACAUUAGACGGCAAAACCACCUACUGCAAACACCUGCAAUGGAUCCCCUUAAUGAUGAGAGCUCAGCAGAACUCUACCAAUAUGCUGUGUACUUCCAGGCCAGAGAACUGACUGACUUAGAGAAAACCAAAAUUCAGAAUUACUUUCUGAUCAAGAGGAAGUCAGAAGGAGGUGAAUGUGGGUCCGUGGAAAAAGUUGCUGAAGGCAUCUAUAUGAUCUCAUUUGAAGAGCAAGAAGCUCAGCAGAGAGUGUUGCAUAGAAAAGAGCAUGUUAUAGACAUCUCUACCUGCAAACUUCCCAUCUCACUAGAUGCGCAAUAUGAGGAGGAUAAAUAUCCGGCCAUGACUCAACAGAGUCCUCCAUUAAACACAUCUGAAAUGACACAUGAAGGAGGACAGAAUAAAAGACUGAAAAAUCUUCAGGAGAAUGCUCGUCUCAUUAAACGUGGUGCCCGAAACAUCUAUGUUCUUGAAACAGAAAAAAAUGUGCUGAAUGAAACUGUUACAAGAUGGACAUUUGGAGAAAGAGACGACAGCAAAAAAAAUAGGAUCAUGAUGGUAGUAGGAGAAACAGGAACAGGGAAGACCACUCUCAUCAACACUCUGGUAAAUCACGCCCUGGGUGUGGAAUUUGAUGAUGGUAUGUGGUUUGAGAUUUCAGAAGAGGACAAAAACAAGAAACAAACACAUUCCCAAACAGUAACUGUAACGGUUUAUGAUAUUUUUGUGAAAGAGAGCCCAGUAUCCCUCACCAUCAUUGACAUCCCAGGCUAUGGAGAUUCUCGAGGACCCCUGCAUGACCAGCUAAUCACUGAAAACCUGUUUAAGUUGUUUAAAUCAGAAGAUGGAGUGAAUGAAGUGGAUGCCAUUGGUCUUGUUCUGAAAGCAGCUAUGAAUCGUCUUUCAGAUCCACAACAUUACAUCUUCAAUGCAGUUCUGUCCCUUUUUGGCAAAGACAUCAAAGACAACAUUGUGUUGCUCAUCACACAUUCCAAUGGCAACCAUCCAACAAAUCCACUGCAGGCCAUAGAAGAAGCAAACAUUCCAUGUGCAAGAACAACAGAGAAUGAGCCUGUCUUCUUUCUGUUUGACAACUGUCAGCUAGAGAUAUUUGAAGGAAGUAAAGAUGUUGCUAAAUGUAUCUGGGACCGUGGGGUCAAGGGUAUUGAAAAGUUGUAUUCCUAUUUAGAUCAAAUAGAAAGGAAGAGCAUGGAACUCACUAAAAAUGUGCUGACAGAGCGAGUGCAAUUGACUGCUUGUGUUGACAAUCUAAAGCAGCGAAUUGAGUGGAUCGAGCUGAAACAGAAGGAGAUGGAACAAACACAAGCAGCUAUUGAAGAGAACAAAGCAAAACUGAAAUCAUGUGAAAAGUUUAAAUAUGAAGUUGAUGAGCCAUACAAGGAAAAGAUCCCCACUUACACCUUAACACAAACUGGAAACAUUUUUACAACAAUAGAUAGACUUUGGGCAUAUUUCACUGCUCGAGCCAUGUGCUGCACUGUCUGUGAGGAGACCUGCCAUUACCCAGGCUGCUGGAUGACCCUGGUUGUCAACAAGUGUGAAGUGAUGAAGGACGACCACUGCACUGUGUGCACUCAGAAAUGUCAUCACAGCAAGCAUGUCAAAGAGGGAUGGAGAUACAUGCCAAUGACCAGGAAGGUGACUAGAACCAAUGAAGAGCUGAAGAAAAUGUUUGACAAAGAAAGUGACAAGAGCAAAAGUUAUGAGGAAAUGAUGAGAAAAGCUAAGGAAACUUUGGCAAAAGACAAAACUGAAAAAGACAGAUUAGUGCAGGAGGCCUAUCAGAGCAUCCAGAAGCUGCAGGAGAUUGCCCUUGAGAAAGACUCUGUGUUCACACAAGUGUACCUGGACUUCCUGAUUGAAAAGAUGGAUGAAAUGGGAGACCAUGACAAGGUAGAAAAACUGAUGGAGAUGCGAAACAUUGAUGAGGCCAAACAGAGUGCUUUGGAUUACGUCAAAGCAACUUUGAGAAUCAUCAAGACACCAUUUGAUUAUAUUAGAAGGAAAAUGGAUGUGAAAGCAGUCACCCAAACCCCAAAGCAGUACGGUCAGCUCAAGUAAUUGAGAAAGUUGAUGCAAAUAUCAGCCUUCUGAGGCAUCAUACCAUCUGUUUCAGUAAUGGCAUACAUGUAUUUGCUGGAUGAAGUCAAUCAACAAUCAAUAAGAAAUUCUUUAUACAUUAUACAUUACUUAUACAUUUAUACAUUAUUCUUACAGGUUUCAGAAAAAAUCCAUUGAAUGACCAUCCUAACAUUUCUAUGAUAAUGACUACUUCAAAAAAUAUUGGUCACUGUUAUUGGCAACAUGUUUUAUGAUUUAUGUCUCUCAUGUAAUUGCACAAGUAGUACAUUCAUUUACUGUAACUUAUCAAGUAAUAUGUUGCCACAGAACACCUGAAAUGUGUCUUUCCUCAGCCUCCGCCUCAAUCAUCUGCCAGGGAUCCACUAUUAUUUAGUGUCGUCUCGUUUGCAUAUUAUUUCCUUUUGAUUUCUUUUGUGAUUUGUUUUUUUGUGAUUUUUGAUUUGUCUUCUGACUAGUAAGGUGGCUGUAUAUGUUGGCUGUAUCUGUAUUGAUAUGACUUUGUGAUGUUGAUAUUGAUAAGAUACAUUGAUAUGUCCUGAGUGUGUACAUAUUAUUCUUGUAUAUGGUUUGUAUUUUGUGCAUUUUUAUAUAGAAUGUGUAUUGUCAUGGCUCUUUUAUAAUGUACAUAGAAUGGCAAAGUGCCCUGUAACCUGUCACCAUGGUACCAUGGACGCUGUGUGGUGGAAACAUUGCUGUGAUAUUUUUCACUCUUUAUCAUUGUCUUUUAGAUCUAGCCCUGUUUACUUUUAUUGUAAUAUAAUCACCUAUAUAAUAUACUCUAUUGCACAUAGAGUGCAUGUCAUUACAUGAUUUGUCAGGUUAGUAAGUGUAUUCCUGUAUCUAUUUCACGUCUGAGGAAGAGUUUGGGCCCCAAAACUCCACACGAUGUAAAACAUUAAAGGUAUUUGGGAGCA